AUGAAGCCUCUUUACCACCUCGCAGCCAUUGGCUUCACAAUAAUUCAGCUAUGCUUGGCCGAUGGCAGCGUUUCGAAAAGAGGUUCAACGCUUCCCCCAAAGCCCUCGUGUGAUCCAGGAUUCACGCUCGAGGGCGCCUCAACCGAAGCGGUCAACACUCCGGGAACUCAGUUCAAAGCCGUCAUUUCAUGCUCAAGCCUCGAUACCGACAAAGUGUUUGUAUUCGUCAAUGGCGAAGAGUAUAGCGAUUUCCAAGCAUCUGACUCGGGUAUUGCAUUCACCAACGGGCUCAGUGACGGCACAGCUCUACUAGGAAUCAUCGCCGCCGACACCCACGGAUACCCAUUCGUGAGCAGCUUUUCGCUUCGCUUCGGCACCCCAACCUCGAGUGUGAAAGCAUCACAGCCACAGCAACUUCUUCAGACUACGGCAGACAAUGGCUGCUCGACGUGCGGCGACUGCAACUCGUGUCCCGGCUAUCCAAUGUGCGCAAGCACGUGCCAAGUGCCGCCUCCUCAUCAGUGCGACUUCUACCAGACAUGUGUCGAGGAUUCCGUGCCGUGCUCCGGCGACUCCAGCUCAUAUGCCAUCAACUACGGGUUGAAAAACUGCGAAAAGUUCGACCAAAACCUCAAUCUCUUUUCUGACAACGGCCAGAUGUUUAUAUGGGGCACCAUGAACUGCCUGCAGAAGACACUCGUUCCGGUGGUUUCGGCUUGCAACGCCACGUGCCAGAGCAUCCAUGAUGCGGCGUUUGGAUCGCACGCGCAGUGCUAUAUUGCCAAUGGCUUCUGUAGUCUCGAGUGCAAAGACUACGUGGCCGAGUUGUACACGGUGGGCCUGGAUCUCUUCACGUCGGACGCCAUCAAGUCUGUCUUUCAAACAGCGGCCGGAUGCCUUGAGCGAAUUGAACAAGUCAUCCAAGAGGGAGCUUGUGUGAAUAAUGUACUCCAAGAUAUCAUCAUGUCCAUUCUCGAUGUUUUAUCCGCCUGAGACACCUAGCACCAUCAGACAUUGCCCCGGAAUCCGAGGGAAAAUACACCUUGACAAUCGAAUGUCCACCAUAUGAUGCCAAUUGCAUGUUCAAUUAUGGAAAAGGAGAAAUAAUGAUUCAUCUAACAUUGAUCAUGGUGUCAUGAUGUCGUAUAUAAUUCAUGAUGUGCGUGAUAAAGCGCAGGCAAAAAGAUUUACCCGCCAAGCCAGCAAAUAUGUAUAGUGAAAGAUACGAGGACGUGCCAUGGGAACCUCAUGUGCUGGCGUCAGUCCCGACGCCUUUUGACGCAGGCAGGCUAAAUCCCAUUUCCUGCCACGACUCAAACUCCUUUUCAAUCGCAAGCAGCUCCUCCUUGUACCGGUCAAUGUUCAACUGGUACUUUUCCAGCGCGUCCGGCAGCUGGCCCUCGGAAUCGUGCUGCGGCGUCGAUUCUGCCGCGGCAUCCGCAGAAGACGCUGCGUCCUUUCCAUCCGACAUCUUCUGCUCCUCCUCCUCAAGCUUCUUGAUGAGCAUGCUCUUUCGCCGCCUUGUGUCUUCCAGCCAUUCCAGGCGAGCAUCGGUUAUUUUGUUUGACAUAUCUACAGUAGGCUGUUAAUACGGGCAG